CCUUAACAGCACAGCAAAACAAUUACGUGAGGCGAACACAACGCUGCUUCUGUUGCUGCGAUACCUUUGCAGUGAUUCCAGAGAAAAUCAAACCGCAUCUGCAGAUAGACAUUCAAGCUUAAUUCACUUUUCUACGAUUAGAGCUUGGCUUUGAAGAGGGAAUCUAGCCUAUUCCUCUGCAUUGAUAUAUAACGACAGCGAUUGAAUCAGCGUAGUUUCUGGAAGAAACCGGUGCAUCUCAACAGCGUUGAGGAGGGAACGCCACAAGCAGCAGAAAGUGGGUGAAUCGUUACCGUGUUUAAACGCGUUUCGAACGAGAAACCGUAUAAAAGAGACUACGAAUAUCAGAUAUGCCGGAGAUGGCGAUGUCCCUUCUGAAAAUACCUAACGCUGGAGACAAUCUCCAGCGCUCCAGAUCAGCGGGUAAUGUAAGCGACUUGGAAUCAAGGAAAAAACCACAGAUUCAAGAUGGGGACACAUACGUGGUGCGAGAGUUCGUCCUUUCCCGCAAAGGUCUACUCGGACGUGGAGACUCUUUCAAAAGGCGAUCCAUUGCAAGCACGGACUCUAUGGAGAGUUUAAAUUCUAGAAAAUCCCUUGAUAUUAACACCAAUGGAUCAGCUGUACAGGCCACAGAGCCAACACCGAAACGAUACGUAUAUCUUCUAGGGGCUAGCGAAGUGGGGCGAAGCACUCUCGUUCGUCAGUUUGCCACGUCCAGAUCCGUGUGUUUAGAUUCUCCGACCACCCCCGCUCCAGAUAAAAUCCUUUCCAGUCCCUUCGUGAUGGGAGACGACCACGGUGCAUCGGUUGUGGUCGGGUUAGAUAACGAGGAAACCGAGAUUUGUUUCCUACAACCGCAGUCCAAUCUGACGACAGUGGGUGCAGAAGAGUGCAUAAAUGCUUACAUCGUGGUUUAUUCGGUGACAAAUCGCUCGACAUUCCGCUACGCCAAAGACAUCUUGCACAAGUUACGGCAGCUGUACAAGGACUCGGUGGCUCUGAUUCUGGUAGGCAACAAAACCGAUCUUCAAAGACAGAGAACAGUUUCCACAGAAGUGGGCAAAGAACUGGCGAUAACCGAACACGCAAAAUUCGUAGAAACGUCAGCCCUGUUGAAAUACAACGUUGACGAGCUCUUAGUGGGAACGCUCCGACAAAUCAAACUAAAGCAAGCAGAGGCAGAGGCCGCCGCCAAAGAGCAAGACACCAACAAGAAAAAGAAGAAGGGUCCCAAAAGCCUAGUUCGACGCCUGUUCAAAAAGAAAAUGCCCUCUCGUUCGAAAUCUUGCGAAAAUCUCUACAUGCUUUAGUAUGCUGAUACUAAUUGAAAACAGGACUGCAUCAUGUACCGAAACAUCCCGGUGAGAGGUUUACCUUUAACGUGCGCUGGGCUUUAAUCUUGUUUCAACACGCAGAAACGAGAGAGAGGCCAGCUUUUAAAGGCCAUGAUAAUAUAACUUUGUGGGGCCGCAAACGAGAACGGCACAACCAAAACAUUGAGGUUUCAAGAAUAUCUCAUGGAGAAAGACAAUUGGAUUACGUACAAGUGUAGGCCUUCGUUGGAUUUCAGAGAUCACUGGAAACUCACCCAUAUUGCCGUCAGUGACAUGCCGAUAUAAGUGGCCUCGGAAAAUCAGGGUGGUAGAACAUGUUUCAUAGAUUGAAUUGGCUGCUUUACUUUAGAGUUACCUAGCGGUCUGGUGACUACAAAGUCUUGAUCAGUUUGAAAACGUCUAAGUUAGUCAUUUACCGAAGCGCCCUUUUCAAGUGACCUGAGAUGUGAAAUUUAUUUACUGUUAACCUAAUUCACUUUCUACCAUUUUUAUCUUGUUCCGUAUUUAUAAAUUGUUCACGAUUACGUGUGAAUAUGUGUGUACAUGAAUAGCUCCUUGAUAUUAUUGUAUUGUUCCACCGUGUCGCAAAAUAAACCAUAUUUAUACGUUAUUAGACAAAGUCGACUUC